AUGGCAGAUCAAGUGUUUAAAGGUAGCCAACCGGUUCAUCUCAUCAAACACCCAUCUGGAGUUGUUCCAACUAUUCGAAACAUAGUGUCUAUUGUCAAUCUGGACUAUAAAUUGGAUUUGAAAACUAUAGCAUUACAGGCUCGAAAUGCAGAAUACAACCCAAAGCGUUUUGCUCCUCUUAUUAUGAGGAUAAGAGAACCUAAAACUACAACACUAAUCUUUGUGUCUGGGAAAAUUGUUUGUACAGGAGCCAAGAGUGAACAACAAUCAAAAUUAGCAGCACGAAAGUAUGCUCGAAUUAUACAAAAACUUGGUUUCCCAGCAAAAUUUAUGGAUUUCAAGAUCCAGAAUAUAGUUGGAUCAUGUAAUGUGAAAUUUCCAAUUAGACUCGAAGGACUUGCAAACUCUCAUGGUGCUUUCUCAAGGUAUGAGCCGGAAAUAUUCCCUGGAUUGGUUUAUCGUAUGAAUCAACCUAAAAUUGUGUUGCUCAUUUUUGUUUCCGGGAAAAUUGUUCUUACUGGAUCAAAGGUAAUAGAAGAGAUGUACACUGCCUUUGAGAAUAUAUAUCAUGUGCUAAUAGAGUUCAGAAAGAAUCAACAAUAGUAAUAUUUAGUAUGGGGGUGAGAGAAUGAAAUUGUAUUUGGCUUCUAUGCCAAUUUAUUCGUCCAUUGAAUAAAUAUAUUAACGAGAAGAAUUUUGUGGCAUUUUA